AUGGCGGAAGAUGAGAGCAAAGACCACGAAAAACAAACCAAUAUUGCAAAGGUGUCAUCGUUCAAGCAAGCCUUCUCUUUUAUCAAGGACAGUUCGCACUAUCAAGAAAUAGAAGCCAGCAGCUCAUCGUCGAAUAUAAGUCUUCCUCGACAACCUUUAAACACUAACUGUAUCACCGUCAAUCCUAAACAGCGCGGCAACCCUAUUAUUCAAUAUAUCACUAGCGUCCCUUUGGAAUAUGGAGAUAUAGUUCCAGAUUAUGUCUUAGGCAAAACGACAUGUGCUUUAUAUCUUAGGUAUCACAAUUUACAUCCGAAUUACAUUCAUGAACGGUUAAAGAAGCUUGGUUAUGCCUUUGAAAUGCGGAUUCUUUUGGUGCAAGUCGACCUGAAAGAUUGUCAGCAGGCAUUAAAUGAAUUAGCAAGAAUAGCAGUUAUGGCCGACUGCACAUUAAUUUUAGCUUGGAGUAGUGAAGAAGCAGGUCGAUAUUUAGAAACAUAUAAAGCCUACGAAAAUAAGCCUCCUGAUUUAUUGAAAGAAAAAGUGGACAAGGAUUACCUUUCUAAGUUAACAGAUUGCUUAACCACAAUUAAAUCAGUCAAUCGUGGUGAUGUCAUUACUUUACAAUCGACGUUUGGGAGUAUGGAUAAUAUUAUAUCGGCGUCCGUCCAAGAUUUGGCUUUAUGUCCCGGGAUCGGAUUACAAAAGGCGAAGAGAAUUCAUGCACUUUUUCGAGAACCAUUUUUAACAAAACAUAAGAAAAUCAAAUCGGAGAAUUACAAUACUGGAGACAGCUAA